GCCACCGGAAGUGAAAGACUUAACUCUCCAUUCGGGAAGUUUCUAAGUGACAAUCAGUGGAAACGACUGUGUUUCAAACUUUUAGUGUCUUUUAAUCGGAGUUAGGAGUUAAAGUAACCAGUUAAAACGACCUGUGGUCACCGUGUUAACUAAACUCGCUGCAGGUUUAUCGCAGUAGAAGCUGCUGCUUUGUGCUCAUGGCUGUCGACUGGAUUGGGUUCAGCUAUGCUGCUCUGGUGUCGGCAGGAGGGGUCGUAGGUUAUGUGAAAGCAGGCAGUGUCACCUCUCUGGUCGCAGGGCUGCUGUUUGGCGUGCUGGCUGCGGUCGGCGCUUAUCUGACAUCUAAAAACCCCAGGAAUGUGUGGCUUUCAGCCGGCACUGCAGGAACUCUCUGUGUGGUGAUGGGACUGAGAUUUCUCGGCUCCUGGAAGUUCAUGCCAGCUGGAUUGAUGACUUCAUUGAGUUUGCUGGUAUUGAUGAAGACCUUCGCCAGAAUGGGAAAGACACAAUCACACAAAUCUUGAGCCAAAAUAAGCGUUUUUAGUGAGUCUGUGAAUACAUAAAAGAUCAAACUUACAGCAUUCCUCACCAUUUAUUUUCUUACUGCAGUCAUACUUUUGUUAAAAAUGUGAUCAUAUAGAAAGGGCUUCCUGGAGCCUGUCCUGCCUCAGAUCACACAGUUGUGUUAUCAAUAAUUUUUUCUUUAUUGUAUGAAAAACAUUUUUAAAUAAAGUUUUUGGCUGU